GCCGCCCGUUUACGGAUCCCGCCAAUAUUUCGACGACAACAAAAUACAAGCCAAACCGUGAUCACAACGACCCGUGAUAACUGCUGAUAACAGAUACCGUUUGCUAAUCGGUCGAAAAAUCAUAACUAAAAUCUAAAACCACAACGAAAUCGUUUUGCAUUUCUUCGGUGGAGAAACUCCCAUAACGAAUCAUUUAUUACUAUUUCGUUGGGUUUUCUCAAAUCCUCAAUCGCGUUUUGGGCGGGUACCGCAUUCGAGCGAUAGAAAUACUUGGCACCGUUUCCGAGCCCGCACGCCAUGUCAAAGUCGUCCGGUUCCAACGACUUGCGCACCGAGCUAGCCGAGCUCGUCAAACGCAAAUCAGACAUUGCCGAAACCUUAGCCAAUCUUGAACGUCAAAUUUAUGCAUUUGAAGGAAGUUACUUAGAGGACACUCAUUUAUAUGGUAAUAUCAUUCGUGGUUGGGACAGAUAUCUUACAUCAGCUAAUAAGCUCCCUAAUUCUAAAAAUGAACCACGUAACAGAAAAUUUAAAGAGGCUGAGCGACUUUUUUCCAAAUCUUCUAUUACCUCUAUGGCUGCUGUGAGUGGUUUAGUAGAAGCUCAAGAAAAAGCUGAAAUAAACAGUGAAACUGAGUCACAAACAGGAAAUAGUGGUAGUGAAGAUAACACGACCAAAGAAAGUGGAAAAUCUAAUAGUUUGACAAAUGGUCCAACCACCCCUAGAAAUCCCUUAGCUUCUGCCAAACGAGCGUCUAGUACUAAAAAAGUUAAAAAUCGAUGAUCUUCAUUUAACAAACUCAAUAGAGUUUUAAAACAGUUCCAGCGACCGCAGUGAGAACCUAAUGUUAUGUUGAUAUUGUUUAACAAACAACAUUCUUGUAAAUGUGUUAUUACUACUAUAAUCAAGUAUUUAGAAUUAUUUAUUAUUGUCCGAACAUAAUUUUAACUGUAAAUUAUUGUACAGUAAUGUAAAACUAAAACAUAGUAGCACAUUUUUUAACAUAACACACUUAAUAACAAUUUUUAAUUUUAUUAUAAAACUAUAGUUUAUAAAUCAAUUAACAUUAAAUCUAAGACUUUCAUUAGUAAUUAAUAAGUUUUAAAAUAUCUAACAAAAAAAAUAUUAAUAAAUUAUACAAUUAAUUAAAUUAUCAUAUACUUAAAUAAAAGCAAAAAAUAUAUUGAAUAAA